CACGCUAACUGGUCACCCGAGCUACAUCCACGAACAAUGAGUACUACGAAUAACCCUACAUUUGUUCAUAAAUUAUACAAUAUGGUGCUGGAUGAGCAAUUCCAACAUCUCAUCGCUUGGAGUUAUACAGGCGCGUCUUUUGUUGUCUGCAACAUUAUGGCAUUUGCAAGGGAUGUACUACCCAAACAUUUCAAACAUAACAAUUUUAGUAGCUUUGUGAGACAACUCAACAUGUAUGGCUUUCAUAAAGUUAACAAGUCUCCUCGUGGACAUCGAACAUUAGCAGAAAAUCAAAUUUGGGAAUUCUCUCAUAGCAAAUUUCUGAGAGGCAGAACAGAUCUUCUGGACGACAUUAAACGCAAAUCCAUAGAAUCUGAUACUGUACGACGCGAAACCGAUCUACACGCACAUUUAACCAUGUUACAAAUGUCACAGUCCGACAUGCUACAACAGAUCCACCAACUUUACAGUAGCUUUAGCCACAUGAUGAGAGAAUUUUACAAGAGUAAAAAGCAGCAAGAAUAUCAAGCACAGUUUGUAAAGACGGUAGUAGAUUACCUCUUGCAGUCUAAUGGAGGUGAACUCCCUCACGAGCUCCAAGCGCACUAUAGAAGAUGGGACGAGAUGAACGACGGUUCUUUUUCUUCUCCUCCUCCUAUCUUUGUGACAGGUGAAGAUACCAAUGCAUCAUUACUGCCACCUCAUCAUCAAAGCAACCUCCAUCGUCCCUCUUUCCUACCGUCAAGUCCGAAUUCAGCCCAUGGAAACAUGCUGCAUCAUUCGCCCUCUUCGGCUACUUUAUCUUGUUCUCCUUUACCUACCACCACUGCUUAUGCUAGUACAAGUACAGCCCAGAACAACAACAUGAUGCAUACAAGUACUACAGCCUCUCUUCAACCAACCACGGUAACCGUUGUCCCCUCCACCUCGCCUCAUCUUUUAUCCACCUCAUCCAUGCCUUUUCAACCACAGUAUCCAUAUCAUCCACCUCAUUGUCAGAAAUAAUAUUGUCUUGUUUUCUGUUCCUUUUUUUUUCAUUUUCUGUACAUUCAUUUUGCAAAAAGCCUGUAGAUCUCUUCAUUCCCAAAAAAAAAAAAAAGAAAAAACCGGUAAACGUGGUUUGUUUCACUUUCAAUACAAAGACAGC